UGGGACGGGAACGAAUAGCAGCCUACCCUGAAUAAAGACAAUGUUGCAGCUGAGUUAUGUUCUGGUUUAUUGCGCAUUGCUGGCACCAUAUUAUGCAUACGCUCAAUCAAGACCAGAGUUGACAAAACCUGGAGAAUGUCCAAAACUGCCACAUCCAUUACCGAAACCCACCUUCAAGGACAAAAUUACUAUUGUGGGCAUUUUCACAAACAUUAAAUCGACCACCCCGGGAAGUGCCGCCAAUUUACGGCAGUGUGAGCCCGGAGAUUUUAAAAAAACUGAGGGCCACACAUUAAUUGGGACGGAUAAUAAGAGCUAUUUCCUUUUCUAUAAUUGUAUCGAAUUUAAUAUCCAGGGCAAAAAGACUCAUUUAGAAAUCGCAACUGCUCUUGUUGUACCAAAGGGGCCCGAUCCAGGUACUGACAAAAGGUUCAGAGAAGCCUUAGAUAAAAAUAAGCUAGGCUUAAAAGAAUGGCUGCCCCUUUGUAAAGUCUAAUAUUUAUAACUGCAUUACCAAAGAAACUAAAAAUGUAAAAGAGGGAGUUUCAGAUAUGUAAGGCAACUGGAGUUAAGACUUCCUUAAUUCUAUUAAAUACAAACAAUUUUAUUGAAUUCAAUUGGCAAACAAAA